AUGGGAAAUAAGUUAUAUCCCAAAAAAACUGCCUGUGCCAUAACUGCCAAUAUAAAAAAGGUUGAGAGGAUGUGCACACAGAGAACUGUUUUAGAAAGUCACAUUGCCAGCUUCGAACCAAACAAAUGGCUGCUCACAUGUCUCGCUUUCAUCCGCCUCUCAGCAGAGGGCAGCACCCUACGGCGGCGGGAAAUUUCAAAUAGCUUAAACCAGAGGCACACGGCUGCGCAAACAUAUACACACGAUUUCGUUGGAGAUAGCGCUGUCUGUAUAAAAAGAUGGCUUAUCGUGCAGGUUCUCACUCAGACCACGGACUCCGAGCUGAACACACAACCCAUCCGAAAGCGUCUUAGCACACGGCAUUCGUACAAUAAAGCAAAAAUGGCCAGCACUUUGUCUCGCGUUCUUCCCCGUCUCGUCUCUUCCCUGCACACCACGCCCAUCCUCAGCCGCCCACGCCCUCACAAGGCCCUCGCCAGGACCAUCACCAGCUUCCACGGCCUGCAGGGUCUCGCACAGCCAUGGCGGGUACCGACGGAAGAGGCUCCUGAGCUGGUGGAGAGCGGGGAACUGGCGCUGCACUUGGAGGCCCUCCAGCGCUGGCACGACGAGGCCGAGCUCCUAAGGGAGGUGCGAGUCCUUCCUCCGGGCGUUGACGACCAGAUCAACCUCGAGGCAGAGACUCGAGGCCAAGUCAAGGACCUGAUGGAGAGUCUGAUUGAGGAGGAAAUCCUGGACAUCCGUCGGGGUUGGGUCCUCGCCUCCACCUUUUAAGGCCUUCCGUAAUUCCAUUCCCGACGCCAAGGUUCCAUGUCAGUGAAACUCCUUCGGCUUGACUG